AUGUUCAAGAGGCUCAUGAUGACACUAAGCUUUGAGACUAAAGUUUUAAAGGUAAACCCCAAAUCGAUAUUCUUCUCUGAAUCCGCGCAUAUUGACGGAUCUCUUCCGACCAUCACAGACCCGGAAACUGAGAGAAAUCUACUAGAGGCUGCCAAAAUUAUAAGAGAAACCGAUAAUACCGUGGGCUUUCCUACCGAAACCGUGUAUGGCUUAGGAGGCUCUUCUUUGAACGACCAGUCCGUUUUAAAUAUAUACAAAGCCAAAAAUAGGCCCAGUGACAAUCCACUAAUCAGCCAUGUCUCGUCAAUCGACCAGCUGAAUCGAAAAAUAUACGGCCAGAUUCAAGUUUCUGAUGUCUUGCAAAAUAUUCCUCAAGUUUACCGCAACUUGACUGAAAAGCUGUGGCCGGGUCCUCUCACGAUUCUGCUUCCGGUACCGCAGAGCUCCACGUUAUCCAAAUAUACCACAGCGGAUCAACCGACUUUUGCGGUCCGAAUUCCAUCUAAUCCUGUGGCUAGGGCCCUCAUUGCGCUAAGUGACGUUCCGAUUGCCGCUCCCUCCGCCAACCAAUCUACCCGUCCAUCUCCGACACUGGCGUCCCACGUUUAUCACGACUUGAAAGGUCGCAUACCUCUUAUUUUGGAUGGAGGGGCUUGCACAGUAGGCGUAGAAAGUACAGUUGUUGACGGACUGGUAACCCCACCCCUUUUGCUACGCCCAGGAGGUUUUACUUGGGAACAGAUACGAGCAAUGGGAGGUGAGGAUUGGUCAAAUUGUAAAGUCGAGAAUAAAAAGACGAUAAAAGCUGGUGAGAAGGUGCGCACUCCGGGAAUGAAAUACAGGCAUUACUCGCCACAAGCUAAGGUUGUCCUCUUCACUCCGAAAGGAGGUAAAAUGAAUUUGUCACAGCGUCUUGACGAUGUUAAAAAAACCAUCGAAGAACAAAUUCGUGACGUUCGGAACUUUGCCGUAUUGUCGACACUAUUGUUUCCCAGUAAUAUGAUCAAUUAUCCUAACGGGAUUUAUAGGUCUCUUGGGCACACAAAUACGGAAAUUCAGACCAAUCUUUUCGCAUGUUUGAGAGAAGUCGACGAAAUGGAAAAUGUUGACAUUAUAUUUGUGGAAGGGAUCGACGACGAAGGCGAAGGGUUAGCAGUUAUGAAUAGGCUCAGAAAAGCUGCGAGUAAUAAUAUAAUUUUGUUUUAG